AUGAGCUCCGACCUCCCUCCCCCCUCUUAUAACGACGCCGUCUCCGCCGUUGCCCGCCAACCGCCCUUCCCACGCCCGGACGCCAUCGAAACCCACCACAUCAUUGUCGGGCCCGGCGCCACCUCCCUCUCCCUCCCGUUUCCCGACCCGGCCGAGGUCUGGCAGAGCCGUGACAUCUCUGUCCAGGACUGGGCCGCCUUCGCCUCCAACAUUACGGCGGCCCUCGACGCCAACAUCGUGGAUGACAAGAAGCAGGUGACAAGCGUGGACGAGUACAAGCAGAAGCGCCUGACAGAGAUUGUCGAAGGGUGGAACGGCGGCUUCUUUGAGCAGCGCGGCCUCAAGAUUGUCCUCAACGGGCAGGACGACGACGCUGUCGCCGCCGCCGGCUCUUCUGCAGAGGGUUCAAGGUUCAGCUUUGGUCCCAAGAAGUUUGGGGUUCAGCUUGGUGGAGGGAUUUUUGGUGUGGACUUGUCGUCUAAGAAGCCUGCUUCGGAGAAGUAG